AUAAUCCCCGCGAAAUUGUGAUCAAUGGAGAUGAAAAACAUACAGUCCGUAACUGCAGCAAUUUCGACAUUUGAAAGGGAAACAUCUUCCAAAUUUGUUAUUCUCCAAAAGAGCAAGUCAUUUGGAGAAGAUUGGAAGAAUACGAAUAAAAAUGUAAAGAAGUCACCAGUGAUUCACUGGCAGUCACAGAGAGGUUUGAAUGCUCCAGAAAUUCCCUACGAUGGUACUCCAUAUAUUCACUUGGGGAGACUAGUUUUAGUAUGCCACCUGGGAAAGGACUACGGAAAAAAAAAGAAAGAAGAUUAUAAAAAGAAAACAGAGAAGAAAAUGAAAGAAGAUCAUGUAUAUAUCAAAAGGAGAAAAAUGUUUCAGUCUACUAAAAAACAAAACUGUAGUGCUCAGAUAUACGUUUCACAGGUUGUGCGUUUUCCUGGAUUUAAGAUAACACAAAACACCACCUGGCACAGAGCAGAGACAUCGAAACGCCUGAGGCACAGCCUUAGUGAUGCUUCAGAAAUUGAGGGUGUAGUCGAGUACUACAUGCAAUUCCCAUCGGGCCAUUGCAACCAUCCAACCACAGGGCAGGUUGCAUGCCUACGAGAGCCAGUGGAUGCCGAGGUGGUCAACAAAAUAAAAUGUCUCACAAAAAGUGGAGUAAGAAGUGUUGCAGAAAUGACAAGGCAUAUAAAAAGCUUUGUGAAUACAGAAGCGGGUAUCCUUAAUGAGGAUAAAAAUAGACGGCGGUUUAACCCCACUUCCCAGGAUAUUAGAAACAUCAUGACUAAGGCUAAAAUGGCUGAUAGGAAGAGUGAGAAUGAUCAGGAAAACUUAAGAAGUAUAAUUGAAGAGUGGCAAAAGAGAGAGCCGGAGGAUAAAAUUUUCUACAGAGAGGCUCAUUUUGUGGAAGAAGAAAGAAAAGGGUUUCUGUUUAUUUAUCAGUCACAGUGGCAACAGAGGCUAUUAAAUAAAUAUGGGAAUGACUUGUGUCUAUUGGAUGCCACGUACAGGACUGUAAAAUAUGCCAUGCCACUUUUUUUCCUGUGUGUCAAAACAAAUGUAAAUUAUUCAGUUGUUGCCAUUUUCAUGCCAGAGCAUGAGGAUGAAAAAAGUAUCAGAGAAGCCCUCAGAAUCCUCAAAAGUUGGAACCCAAGGUGGACCCCAAGAGAUUUCUUAGCUGAUUACUGCCUGGCGGAGAUAAAUGCCGUUGAAAAGACAUUCGAAGGUCUAGUUGUUCGACUCUGCAUGUUUCACAGAGAAAAAGCAUGGAAUGAGUGGCUAGCAAAGGCCAGCCAUGGUGUAACAGACCACCGUAUUGAACUAAAAAGAAAGUUCAGGGAUAUAGCAAAUGCAACCACUGAGUUGGAUUAUGCCACUGCAUGUGAGAAGUUAAAAAACAUGCCUAUUUGGGGUUCAAAUCAAAAGUUGAGAGAAUGGUUUUCCAGAACAUGGCUGACAGAAAAAAAGAGGUGGGUUAGAGCGUUCCUGCAAACUUCAGGGCCUCUAAGCACAAUUUUUACCACAAAUGGUGUUGAGAGGCAAAAUGAACUCCUGAAGCACUCUUUUCUGGUUGGUUACAAGAAAUGCAGUGUCUCAGACCUGAUGACAGUAAUCCUGACAACAUUCCUGCCUAGUUGUUACAAGAAGUAUGUCCAGCUCAAUGUGUUUGCAUCCUCUGCAUACAGGCCAUAUGCAGACAGUGUGCCCUACUACCUGAGAGACCGACCACAAUGGUCACUGAAAGAUUUAUUGGUAUGUAUUACAAAGGUAAAGUAAAUGUAGUAUUGCUCUGUAGUAUUGUUGUACAUGUAAUCAUGUCUUGGUAAAAUGCUGACAUACACCUAGUGUCAAUGUCUAGUCUUUUAAAGCACCCUUCAAAACUUUCCAUUUUUCAUGAUUGUAAAGAUGCAUUCCCAAUUACACUAU